UAGAACAUUUAUUUGGCGCGCAACCGUUGCGACUUCAUAAUAAAUUUUUGACUGUAAUAAUUUUGUAUUGUUGUCUUAUUGUUUUUUCAAAUUGUUGUUGUUUACUAACAUGAGUCUUCUUUGGUGUGAUAAAUACCGGCCAAAGGAUUUCUCUAAACUAGAUUUCCACAAGGAACAAGGUUCUGGAUUAAAAAGUUUAACAAAAGAUGGGGAUUUUCCUCAUUUACUUAUUUAUGGCCCCAUGGGGGCUGGCAAGAAAACAAGAAUAAUGUGCAUUUUGAAAGAAUUAUAUGGCCCAGGUGUAGAAAGGCUUCGCAGUGAAACAAUGAGUUUCACAACUCCAUCUAAUAAAAAACUCGAGAUUGGAACUGUUAACAGUAAUUAUCAUAUUGAAGUGAAUCCUUCUGAUGUUGGUAUAUAUGACAGAGUAGUAAUAAUGAACAUAAUUAAAAAUGUAGCACAAACCCAGCAGUUAGAUAUUACAGGUCAGAAAUCAUUCAAAGUUGUGGUACUGACUGAUGUGGAUGCACUCACUAAAGAUGCUCAACAUGCACUUAGACGAACUAUGGAAAAAUAUAUUUCAAACUGUAGAUUGAUUUUAUGUGCUACUUCUAUAUCUAGGGUCAUACCUGCAAUCAGAUCAAGGUGCUUAUGCGUGAGAAUUCCAGCACCAUCUGCAGAGGAAAUAGUUGAUAUUAUUAAAAAAACAGCAGCAUUAGAAGAUGUAGCUCUCCCAGAUAAAUUAGCAGAGAGAAUAGCAGUUCUAUCAGAAAGAAAUUUAAGAAGAGCAUUACUAAUGACUGAGGCUUGUAAAGUAGAAUCUGAUGGGAAGCUAUCACCAGAUCAAAGAAUAUCUGAACCUGAUUGGCAAAUAAUGAUACGUGAAACAGCACGUUUAAUCGUUAAAGAACAAAGCAUAGCUCAAUUGAAAAAAGUGAGGGAACAUCUUUAUGAACUAAUAUGUAGAGGAAUACCAUCUGAGAUCAUCUUCAAAACCUUGCUUGAUGAGUUAUUGCAACAAUGUAAUUUGGGAUUGACGGCAGAAAUUUUAGAAAAUGCAGCACAUUAUGAACAUCAAAUGGUCCAAGGAAACAAGGAAAUCUUUCAUUUAGAAGCUUUUGUUGCCAAGUGUAUGUAUCUCUAUCAGAAUGUAUUGGAAGAAAUGAAAUGUGAUUUUUAAGUUUAUUUUUUAUACUUUUGUUAUUGGAA